AUGGUUUAUGGUCGCAGCAUAGCUGUCGGCGUCGCGAUGCUGACCAUUGUAAUGCUCCUCGCAGGUCUCAUAUUCUACUUGAGUUUGGGACCCUGCCCGUCGGGCAGCUUCGCCUGCGACAAUGGGACGAUGUGCGUGCCGCAGCGUCAAAUGUGCGAUAAUCGGCCCGACUGCCAGGAUGGCAGCGAUGAGCAUCCUGUCGAGUGUGGAUUGCUUUAUGGCAGCAAAGAGAUUGCCGAUAAAAUAGUUCGUAAUGCGAUUGAAAAGCAAAAGCAACAACAGCAGGGGCUGCUCACCAUAUUUAAGCCUUCGCUCGACUCCAAUAUAACCGCCAAUCUCACAUAUCCGAAGAAUUGCCAAUGCGGUCAGCGCAGCAUUCUCUACUGCGGACGCUACGCCAAGCUGCGUCGCUGGCCACGCAUCAGCGCCGAGGUAACCAAUCUCAUCAUCAUACGCAAUAAUUUGACGCUGCGCGAACACGUCUUUGCCAAUCUGACGCGUCUGCAGAAGCUCACACUUAAAUACAACAACAUAUCACGGUUGCCGCUGGGCAGCUUCAGUGGGCUGCCGCACCUGGAACGGCUCGAGGUCAGCUUCAAUAAUAUCAGCUAUCUGCCACACGGUCUCUUCAGCGGCCUCCACUCCCUGCAAUGGCUCUUCCUUCUCUCCAAUCAACUGCACUACUUCCCCAUGGAGCAUUUGGCUCUGAUGCCGCGACUGGAGUGGUUGGUGCUGAGUCACAAUCGUCUGGCGCUGCACAACGAGCAUUUGCCCAAAAUGCGGUCCCUCUAUGAAAUUUAUUUGGAUUUUAAUAGGAUCGAAUACAUUGGCGAGCAAACUUUCGCACAAUUGGAUAAUUUACAUUUGCUCGACCUGCAACAAAAUCUCAUCACGCACAUACAUGCGCGCGCCUUUUGGGGUCUGGGAAAUAUACGUGAUAUCCGCCUCGCCGGCAAUCCCAUUAAGGAAUUAUCUGGCGAAACAUUUCUACACAGCAGUCAUUUGGAAGCCCUUUCUCUGGCACAGAUGCCUGUGCAUAUACAUCGGAGCCUGUUCCAGCCACUGAACGUGUCCUUUCUCAACCUGACGGGCAUUCGUUACGACCACAUCGAUUUCGGAGCCAUCAACUCGUUGAGGAAUCUCAAAUAUGUGGUCUACGAUCGCUUCUUCUACUGCUCCCACUCCCCCCAGGUGCGCAAUUGUAAGCCCUCCUCAGACGGUAUAUCCUCGUUGCAGGAUCUGCUCAGCAAGCCCGUGCUUCGCUACUCCGCCUGGAUCAUGGCCACGCUUACCAUCAGUGGCAAUGUGAUGGUGUUGUGGGGUCGUUUCAUCUACCGGGACGAGCAUAUGGCCGUCACGAUGGUCAUCAGGAAUCUGGCACUGGCAGAUAUGUUAAUGGGAUUCUACUUGAUAACCAUAGGUGUGCAGGACUAUCGAUUUAGAAACGAAUACUACAAAGUCGCCCUGGAUUGGAUCUCCUCCUGGCAAUGCACCGCCAUUGGCACGCUGGCCGUUAGCUCCUCGGAAGUUUCGAUGCUCAUCUUGGCCUUUAUGUCGCUGGAAAGAUUUUUGCUCAUAGCCGAUCCCUUUAAGGGCCAUCGGAGCAUUAGUGUGCGCAUUAUCUGUCUCUCGCUGCUCUGCAUUUGGUUUACGGGCGUGGGUCUGGCGGUGACGCCUGUGCUGCUCUGGCACUCGGGAAAACAUUUCUAUGGCUCCCAUUCAGGCACUUGUUUCCCACUCCAUAUACACGAGGCGUAUCCCUUGGGCUGGCAGUACUCGGCCUUUGUUUUUCUGGGCGUGAACCUGUUUUUGCUGAUCAUGAUUGCGUUGCUAUAUACGGCGCUGCUGAUAUCGAUUUGGAGGACUCGGAAGCGCAGUGCCACGCCCCUCUCGCUGCUGGACUGCGAGUUUGCGGUGCGCUUCUUCUUCAUUGUGCUGACAGAUGUGUUGUGCUGGGUUCCCAUUAUAGCCAUGAAGAUUUGGGUGUUCUUCAAUUAUAAUAUAUCGGAUGAUAUUUAUGGUUGGCUCGUCGUCUUCAUUCUGCCACUCAACUCGGCCGUUAAUCCGCUACUCUACACCUUCACCACGCCCAAGUAUCGCAAUCAGAUCCUGUUGCGCGGCUGGAAGAAGAUCACGUCCCGGCGUCGAGCCGAGGCAAGCAAUGGCAACGCAAUGGCCACCACUACAACGGGCACGGCGACGGGCUCCUCCCACCCCGACGAUGCCACCAACAAAGCCCUGCAGCUGGCCGCCGCGCUCACCCAUUGA